AUGGAAUCUUUGAAAAACUAUUCAUCAUCAGAUAGUGAAGAAGAAGAAGAAAUUCAGAAAAAUGUUAAAAAGCAAAAAGUAAUACCAGUUCCUGUUCAAUCAAUUGAAAUUUUUCUGCAACAUAAGCAAAUGAGAACUAACUUUAAAACAUCAUCUUUAUUUUCAUACAUACCAUGGAAUCCAUCAUUUACUACUACCAAAAAAUUGGACAAAUUGACAUCAUUUGUUACAGAGAGUGUACCAUUAUUGAAUCAGAAUUAUGAAUUCAAACCAGUAAACAAAGACAUUAAGCGUCUAAUCAAGUAUCAUAUGACUAUAUUCCCUACAACAAACAUUGAAAAUGAGAACCUUCCGCACUUUAUAAAUGACAUAAAAACCGAAAUAGAAGCAAUAAAACCUUCAGAGAAGCUAUUACGACAACCUCAUAAUUCAAAUGUAGAAGUGUUAAACAUAUUUAAUUCUACAAAAUAUUUGAAUUUAAAAUUUGAAAAUAAUUUAAUAUUAGGUCGAAGUCCUACUAAAAAUUUGGUGUUUUUAUGUGGAGUUAUAAAAUUAAAUUCUGAAUUGGAAGAUUAUUUUGACAAUAUAAUUAAAAAUUUUAAUAUUUCAACUAAACAAAAUCAUGGUCAAGUACAAUUCCCUGAUUUAUUAAAAGAUAAAUUACACAUUACACUUGCAACUGGGUAUCCGAAAACAUUAAAUACACCAACUUUUGAAGUUUUAGAAAAUUCUGUCAAAUCUGUUGAUGUGAGCUCAUUAGUUGAUGAUAUAGACAUUGAUGUUAAUGAAAUAAUUAUUAGAGAUAUGGCUAGUUUAUCAAAAUAUAAAAUAGAUUUAGUUCUGUAA